GGCUCUUCGGAGUCCCGGUAGGCUCGCACAGUUCGGGGCUGCGGUGUCGGGUUGCUGCGGAGGCUCCGUGCGUGCGGUUCAGCGCUCCAGCCUGCGGAGGGCACAGCGAGCAGCAGCGGCCGCCCCUCUGCUGAUAAGCAGAAGAAGAGCGCGGCGGUGCGGCAGUCGUCGGGCAGAAGGUCGGAGCGUGUCGGUGCGGCGGCGGGCUGAGCGGGGAGCACCGAGCGGGAAUACCAUGGCGAUCUGCGGAGCCACCAAGCGGGAUAGCUGCUAAGCUAAGCACCGUCCUCCGCGUCCGGCUCGGAGGGGACCCACCACCGGCGAGCAGGUGUCUGGGCUGCCCAGGAUUGUAGCGUCGGUCAGCAUCUGCACUGCUUGAUCGUAAAUGUGACAGACCGCAGCAACUCAUCCAGCCUCACUAUGGGUCAGGACAGAGGGAAGUAUGAUUUCUACAUCGGUCUGGGGCUGGCUAUCAGUUCCAGCAUCUUCAUUGGCGGCAGCUUCAUCCUCAAGAAGAAAGGACUCCUCAGACUGGCCAGGAAAGGGUCCAUGAGGGCAGGUCAGGGUGGCCACGCAUAUCUGAAGGAAUGGCUAUGGUGGGCUGGUUUAUUAUCAAUGGGAGCCGGGGAAGCGGCCAACUUUGCAGCGUACGCCUUCGCUCCCGCCACGCUGGUCACUCCGCUGGGAGCGCUCAGUGUGCUUGUCAGCGCGGUGCUGUCGUCGUACUUCCUGACGGAGCGGCUAAACCUGCACGGGAAGCUGGGCUGCCUGCUCAGCAUACUGGGCUCCACCACCAUGGUCAUCCACGCUCCUCAAGAGGAAGAGAUCAGCAGUCUGGAGGACAUGGCGAAGAAGCUGGUGGAUCCGGGGUUCGUACUGUUUGCCACCCUGGUUAUCAUCGUGGCUCUCAUCUUCAUAUUUGUGGUGGGGCCCCGUCACGGUCAGACCAACAUCCUGGUCUACAUCACCAUCUGCUCGGUGAUCGGGGCGUUGUCGGUGUCCUGCGUUAAAGGACUGGGCAUCGGCAUCAAGGAGGCCAUCGCCGGCAAAAACGUGGUGAAGAACCCGCUGGCGUGGGUGCUGCUCCUGAGCCUGGUGGCCUGCGUGAGCACGCAGAUCAACUACCUGAACAAGGCCUUGGACAUAUUCAACACGUCCCUGGUGACGCCCAUCUACUACGUGUUCUUCACCACGUCCGUGCUCACCUGCUCCGCCAUCCUCUUCAAGGAGUGGGAGCACAUGGGCGCCGACGACGUGAUCGGCACGCUCAGCGGCUUCUUCACAAUCAUCGUGGGCAUCUUCCUGCUCCACGCCUUCAAAGACGUUAGCGUCAGCCUGGCCACGCUCGCCGUGUCCAUGAGGAAGGAGGAGCGCGGCUUCCCCACGGCCAACGGCAUGUCGUCCCACGGCACGUACGAACUGCUCCACAGCGAGACCAUGGAGGACGUGGAGGACCGGGAAAUGGGCUCGCCGUUCGACAGCGUCUCCAGGAGGAACGGGGCAAUGACUUCAGCGCUGGAUCAUUGAGGAAGAUCCUUCUCCGCCCCGUGGACCGGGCCACGGCUCACUAAGACAAUCAGCUGUACGCGGAGGCCGUCUCCAACUGACCAGUGGAUUGUAUUCGUUUUGAUUUGCCUUACUUUUUCCUGAAUAUGACCCAGUCAUAUCCAGUCAGUUCGAUCUUGAUUUCAUUCCUCUGUAGCGCUGUAAAUAUGUUUUCUAAAAGACUUGUUUUGCUAUCUGUGAAGCAUAGCCAUGCACUGACUUACUUUCUAUAAAUCAAAAAGAUAAAGUUUAAUAUAUAUAUUCUA